AUGGAAAGCCUCCGGGAGAGACUAUACGCCCUGAAUAAGUUGGAUGAAAGACAGACGAUGGCACAGUGGGCGACGAAGACAACUCAGCAACGACGGAAAGCCUGGCACAACAAACAUUUAAGAAGGAUGCAGUUCACCCCGGGGCAAUUGGUAUUGAAGUUUAAUGGUCGAAACGAAAUUAAGCCAAGCAAGUUCAGGGUAAAAUGGCUAGGUCCCUUUAAGAUUCGCGAAGUUGGCGUGAAUGGAGCCAUCAAGCUAUGGACGAUGGACGGGAUGGAGGUGCCUGAUGCUGUAAAUGUCUCCAAGUUGAAAAUCUAUCACCAACGGAGGCAAGAGACGAGGUCCGCCUAG